CUAUGAAGCCUCGCCAGAAAUGUUGUUCACACUGUCCGGGAAAAUUAACAGCAUCAUUCGAUUUGGGAGAACACGUUUGUCCUCUUCCAAAAUACAUAAGUGGAAACUUAAAACUUACUUCUCUAAAAAAUGCCGUGCCCGGGGAGGAGGAACGAUCCGAAAGAUUGUCGAAAAAAGCCCCAGAAUCAAUUCCGGAACGAUCUGAUUCCUGCAAUGAUAGAUUUGCAAUCGCUAAAAAAUUUCACGCAGACAAUCUUCAGCAUCAGCCACUACCUGAUAAAGUAGACGAUGCUAUUUUUACAAAUACAAAAUUUCCCAAGCCAAUGGAAAAUUUGUGCUCAAGAUGCAAAACCAUCGAAAGGUGCAGGAAAAUAAUUCCUAGAUUGAAAAGAGACCAUCAGUCACAAAAUAGAAAAUUCGGGCCAGCAUUGGGAUGCAAAAAACCUGAAACUUAUAUGGAUCUCGCGAUUUGUUGGGAAACUCCCAUCGAUCCUGAAUACGAACCAAGAAGGGCGCAUCAUAUUGACGGAUCUGAUGGUGGACCAGCUCCUGCAGUUUUUUCUCUAGUUCAACAUUCCCUCACUUCCUCAGACAAAAUUGUUCAACAAUGCCAAGGCUGCAAUCGACAAUUAGAGAAAAAUGAUGAUCAGCCGAAAAAUGGAAAUCAGGAAGAGGAAGAUGAGGGCAAAAAUUGCGACCUCUGCGAGAAUUUCGACUCUAUUCGAAUCUCGGCUGAAGAUAACAGGAAAAAUAAUUACAUAAAAUCGAAUCUUGGUUUUAGACAGAGACCUAAACAUGCAAAUCAAUUGAGACAUUGUACUGCCUGUGACGCGAUGGGGAAAGGAACCGGGAAUAACUGCAAUAAAGCACAGGAUUCGAGACUAAUUCAAUCAGCCUCCUGUUUUGCAAAAAAUAAAAAUUGUCGUAGGAAUGGUUUACCGACGAAGUUUCAGAUUCCGAGACCUAAAACUCCAUUUGCCAGGAGAUCUUUUUGCAUUGAUACACUUGCUCCUCCUUUUAGCAUAAUUCAGGGAUGUAGGGAUGCUGAUUAUCCAGAGCACUGGAGACUCACUUCGGUUUAUCAGCAAUCUUAUAGAAAUCCGAAAAAGCAGAAGGGAACGAUUUUACAUUAUUAA